AUGGAUUCCCAAAGCAUUCGUGACCUUGAGUCGGAGAAGAAGAUUUGGUCAGGUCAAUGUCGUGUUUCCAGAAUGUGGCUUGGGGUGAAUGUACAUACAAACAAAAUUCUCCAUUUUGACCUCAUUUUGAUGGAUUCAAAGGGCAAUGAUAUCUGGGUACAAAUCCCUCCUGUGUUGAUAGAAACGUUUAAGAAGAUGCUGAAGGAGAACCAUGUUUAUAUUAUCAAGAACUUCGAUAUCAAUACAACUGGACUGAAAUAUCGACCUAUUGGGAAUCCAUAUUUGAUACAAUUUAGUAGGAAGACAACUGUUCAUCAUGUUCCUGAAGUUCCUGCAAUUCCAACCUUCAAAUUCAGUUUCCUAAAUGCAAGUCAGAUGGCGGGCAAAUUGGGUCAUGUUGAGAUCCUUUCAGAUGUUGUUGGUCAACUGCGCACACAUUCAGAUGCAAUUACUACUACCAGCCUUACUCGGAAAACUAUAAGGAAAGAGCUCACAUUGCAACUGAUUGAGGGUGAUGUUGUCAAAAAUAUACUGGUCAUUUCAGCUGUUAGUGUGGGUGACUUCAAAGAUGAGUUAUCAUUUUCAUCAUCCGGGUCAACAGUUGUGUAUCGUAACCUCGAUAUUCCAACUGUCAAAGCUUUUGCUACCGGUACUGUGCAACCAGAGUUGCCUGUCUUUGUGGAACCACCGCCACCUCCUGAAUUCCCUGUUAUUUCACUUUCUGAACUUUUGAAAUUACAAGAGGAUCCAGACCAGGAGGAAAUGGUGUUUGCUGUUGAAUGCAAAGUUGUUGGAAUUAAAUCAGGCUGGUGUUAUAUGGGGUGUCCUACCUGUGUUUUGAAGCCUAUACAAAGGCAAAAUGAGUACUAUUGUGUUAGAUGCAACAAGGGAAUAUCAGCCAAGGCUGCCAAAUACCGUGUUCAACUUGAAGUCCAAAGUGAUUUGAAGUCAGCAUUAUUUGUACUCUUUGAGUAUGAAGGAAAGCGAUACUUUGGAUUGAGUGGUCAUGAACUAUUCCUGAAAAAUGGGCAGAAUGGUGACUUGCCACCUGAUGAAUUGCUUCAGUUGGUAGGUGUGACCAAGAGAUUCCAUGUCAAAUUCAAUACCAACCUUUUUGCUGAUUCCCAGGCUCAUUUUACUGUGUUGAGAAUACUAGAACCCACCUCAAAGGGAGAAGGUUAUAUGAUUCACAAAGAUGGAUCAUCUUCUUCUAUUGCGAGUGGGCCUGCAUGUUCUCAACCCUCCUCUGAUCAUUCUGGACAGUCUGCUAUUGAAAAAUCGAUUGAAACACCAGUGGAUUCUGAUGCAACUCCAGACAACAAAUUGAAGAGGAAGAUGCCCCUGGAGUGA